GUAACUCUCUUUCUCUCUCUCUCUUGAUAUCUUGAAGGAAAUGGCUGUUAUGAUCAGAAAGCCAUAUGCCUACUCAAAGAUGGACAAGGAGGACCUAGAAGAGGUCAUUCAUCGACGAGCGCAGUUCUUGAUCUACAAAGUGUUGCAGCAAGCAGAAACGCGAAGAAGGCCGUUGAAUUUGAGGAUCAGAAUACGAAAGUUGAAGGUGAAGAUUGGGAGGAGAUUAAAGAAGUUGAGGAAGAGCAUGCUGCUAAGUAUAUCUGCAGCCAGAGUCUGCGUUUAUAAGCAAGUUUUUAGUCAACUGAAAACUUGCAAGACUUUGUUUGGCCGCGGGGAGGGAGCCAUUGGCGCCAGUCUUCCAGCUUUGUUCACUUAAUUGAACCACUUUUGGUUUUGUUGUGUCUCUUAUCGUUUUGAGAAAUACCAGGUUGUAAUUUUGGUGUU